AUGGGUGAAUUGGCACAAUCUGCCGGCCAGGGGGGUUUCAAGUCUCCUUGCUCGAUAGUAGAUAAAGAAUUUGUGUCGUUCAGGUCAGGCUCCACAGCCAUCGCCAACAAUAUGCAAUCAGUAGUGAAGGUCGAUGCUACUUCGGUGGAGCUAGAAAUCACCGGCGUCGAGAUUCCAUGUGUACCCCGCCAUGCUGGGCCGAUACAGACUUUGGAGGGCAACAUCCAGGCUGUUGAAGAGAGUGGUAGCUUGGGCUGUACGAAGAAGCCGCUCGCAGACGAGACCCAAACUGGAGACGUGGUCUCAAGUGCGAUUAGCACGGUAACCACGGAGAACAAGCUAAAGGGGUUGGAUGGGGCAGAUGCGACUGAAGCGCGAGAGAGUAGAGCUAUUGCACAAGGGACAGAUGGCGUUGUGCUCACUCACAUGCCGCAACAAGCACAAAUUCCGCCCAAUUCAGCAACCACGCCGCACGCAAAAACAUUGGACGUCGACAUCACACAACCAGUAGCGGCCGUCAAUACCGAUAUGGAAGAUCGAGACUCCAAACCUCCGCUUGUAGUCACUCCGGUAGUCUGCUGCUAUCCCCAGACUAAAUCCUUGAACGAGGAUCUGGACACGAGGGAGCGCGCUACUGCAAAUGCUGCUGUGGUAUGCGCUCAGACUAUCCAUAUUCAAGUGCCCGACCAUAUUACUUCGCUCGAGCCUGUGGAUGCCUUAGCAAAGCCCGAUUCUUGUGCUACGCCACACAAUCCGAUGGUGUACCUGGCCAAUUACUCACUUCCAACGCGCACAGUGGCUGUGUUGCGAGGGACGCUGGGCUUCAACCAUGAGUUGUGA